UAGAACCGAAGAAUAUGAUCUGGGUUAGGUUAAAACACAACUAAUCGUGUAUUUUUUUCGAACCGAAAGUGUUAAUUUCUCCUUUCCUAUAAGUUUUUGUUUGUUCUAUUCGCAGAUGUCAAGGUCUAACUUGACAUAAAUAUCACACUCGAAAUCUUGCUAAUCGUGUUCAUGGAUUUUCAAGGGUUUGUAUCAAAUCUAGGGAUUUAAGGUUCACGCGGAUGGGGAUUCGAUUUUUCAAGUCUAAUUUCUGAUUUAAUUGUUAUGCAUGAUGCAGGAAGCCGGUGCUCGCUGCAGUGAAUUUCUGUAGUGCUGUUAUGGUUCAUUUAUGACUGUUGGUUUGUUAAUUUUAUUUCUUUUUAGUUUCGCAUAUCUCUAGGUUGAAAAAAAAGUGUUCUUGGCUUGUGCUGAAGUAAAGAGACUAGGUAGUGAAUUGUGUAUGUAAUUUAGAUUUUCAGUAAUCUCACGGAUCUACCCAACUGUUUAGCGAAAGCGGUUCUAUACAUUGUAGUUGACCGAUUUGCAUCGUGGUUAGAUGGAGCAAGGUUUGAACUCUGGCUCAAAUGCCCCUUCUAGGCUAAUUGAUAAGUCUAAGGUAUAUGAUGUGAAGCCUUUAAGAACCAUUGCCCCUGUUUUUCCUAAUCCCCCGGGCAUGUGUUCGACUUCAACCCCGAAUCCAACUCCUUUUGGAUGUAUUCCACCUUCUGGCCCUUUCCCUGCUGGAGUCCAACCAUUUUACCCGUUUUUGGUUUCAAACGACUCUCAGCCCACCACAACUCGAAACCAGUCAGGCAAUAGCAGUAUACCUGGUCCAGGUCCAUCGAACCCGUUUAGGACCCCCACUCCGCAUGUGAAUGGGAUAAAGAAUCAAAGUGGCCAGUAUGUCCCUGAUGCAGACGAGGCUAGCAAUUCAGGGAAGAAAACAAAGGGGCGUCCAAAGAGGAGAGCAGCAGGGAAUGGGGAAGAGAUUAAUGUUGAAUCAGUCGCUAAUAAUAUCUUGACCUUGUUUGAGCUUAAAGAGUUUGAUGACUGUAGAAAAGCUAAUGGUGACAAGGAUACAGCUGCAACCGUGCUCUUGGUCUUUGACUUGAUCCGGAGAAGGCUUACUCAACAUGAGGAAGCAAGGAGUAAUUCUUUAGGACGAGCCUGGCGUCCUGACCUCAAAGCUUCCAAUCUUAUGAUGACCAAAGGAUUACGGACAAAUAAGUCAAAGAGGAUUGGCCAUGUACCCGGAAUUGAUGUCGGAGAUAUGUUUUUCUUUAGAAUGGAGCUCUGCUUGGUGGGAGUACAUACUCAGAGCAUGGCUGGGAUAGAUUAUAUGAGCGUCAAGGUCACUGUAGAUAAAGAGCCUGUGGCUGUCAGCAUAGUUUCCGCAGGAGGCUAUGAUGAUAAUGACGGAGAUGAUACUAAUGUGUUGAUCUACAGCGGUCAGGGUGGAGUACACAGGAAAGAUGGCCAGAAGUUUGACCAGAAACUCGAGGGGGGAAAUCUUGCCCUAGAAAAGAGUAUGCAACGUGGUAACGAUGUAAGGGUCCUAAGGGGUAUCAAGGAUACUAGUAAUGCACCCAGCAAGAUUUAUGUGUAUGACGGCCUUUACAAAAUUCAUGAGUCGUGGGUAGAAAAGUAUAAGUCUGGUAACAACGUGUUCAAGUAUAAGUUAGUAAGGCAACCAGGGCAGCCCGAAGCUUACUCAUUGUGGAAAUCGAUUCAGCAGUGGAGGGACGGGACUGCUACUCGACCUGCCCUUAUAAUCCCAGACCUAUCUUUGGGUUCUGAGGCUCAGCCUGUGGCUCUUGUAAACGACAUAGAUGGGGAGAAAGCACCUGCUCAUUUCUCCUACGUUGCUAGUCUCAAAUACUCUCAACCUUUUCCGUCAUCCAAGGUGUUUUCAGGUUGUCACUGUGUAGAUGGAUGUGAACCAGGCGAUACCAGUUGUCCUUGUAUCCAGAAAAAUGAAGGCUUGCUCCCCUAUUCGUCUACAGGUGUUCUUUUAACUACUAAAUCACUGAUACAUGAGUGUGGACAGACUUGUCAGUCUCCUCCGAACUGUCGAAAUCGUAUAUCUCAGGCAGGUGUAAAGUUCCGCUUGGAGGUUUUUAAGACGAAGAACCAGGGCUGGGGGCUUAGGUCGUGGGACCCUAUUCGUUCAGGGAGUUUUAUCUGCGAGUAUGCUGGGGACAUCGUCAAGGUCACUGCAGGUGAAUUCGAGAAUGCAAAUGAUGACAGUUACAUCUUUGAUGCUGGUCGCUACUACGUGCCACUGGAACGGCUUCACGACUCUAAUAUCUCCAAGAAGGCCCCAUUCCCUCUUGUUAUAAGUGCUAAGAGCAGCGGGAAUGUGUCCCGUUUCAUGAACCAUAGCUGCUCCCCUAAUGUGUUCUGGCAGCCCAUUCUGCGGGAAAGUAACAAUGGUGUUUGUCUUCACAUUGCUUUCUUUGCCAUACGACACAUCCCUCCAAUGCAGGAGCUGAUGUAUGACUACGGAAUACCCGCAAAAGCAGACAGAGGGAUGAAGAGGUGCUUGUGUGGAUCAGUGAAGUGCAGAGGCCAAUUCUAUUGACCAUCUCUAUUAUGGGGAUCCAUGAAUUUCUCAGUGAUUGAUGCUUUGAAAUAAAGGUUACAGUAUAAGCUUGCAGAAAUAUGGAAAUUUUCCCUAUGCAAUCCUUUAUGUGCGUGCCUCCCGUCUCUCUGUGAAAGAGAUGGAAGGAAGGAGCUCGCCUCUGAAGGUGUGAAAGACUAGAAUGAGCUCGUCGACGGUAGUUGUUGUAAAAUCUAUGUAUUUUGCAUUUUGUUUUUGUGAUACAGAGUUGUUGGGAUUUCAUUAGCUCUUUUCAUGUUUUUCUGCCUACUCCUAAAUCAGAAUUGCUAUUAUGUUCUUCAGUUUCUAGGAUUAAUGUUUAGAAACAAUUGCCCCUCUUUUACUCUCCUGGGAUGUUAAUCAAGACUCAAGAGUUAAAUGUAUGUAGAUAAUUAUUUUUGCAGGAUA